UAUACAUUUUUUCACCCCACAAAAUCCUUUGUAAACUCUUUAGACAAUAGCGUCUUGCCUCAGAUGAAGCAAAGAACAGGUCUCGAGCUGUCCAACCUGUGAUUUAGUGGAUACCAGAGAGUGUGUUUGUACGCACACUGCCUUUUUUUUUUUUUUUUUUGUGAAUGGAGCUCAUUACGUAUGCAGCCUUCUCGCGCUCCAUUCACAAACUGCUGCUGCUGCCUCUGUCCGUCUUCCUUCCCCUCUCAGUCUGCGUGGAUCUCCUUAAAACACAGCCUAAAUGACCACAAACGGUUAAGAUGGAUUAUAAGAUGGAUGGAUAUCUGGACCAGCAAGUGCCUUAUACUUUAGCUAAUAGGUCACAAGGAAAUGGGCCCCUAAAUAGACUGUUGAUGGCGACAAAAAGGAAAUACAUGGACACCGAAUUACCCCCUCAGGAAUCCGAAGAUCUCUUUCAGGAUUUAAGCCAACUUCAGGAGACAUGGCUCACCGAAGCUCAAGUUCCUGAUAGCGAUGAGCAGUUUGUUCCCGACUUACACUCAGAGAACUCAGUGGCAUUCCACAGCCCGCCUGUGAAGAUCAAGAAAGAGCCUCAGAGUCCCGGCUCAGACCCCAGCCAGUCUUGCAGUCACAAGCAGAGCUUCAGCUACCCUAAUGGAGAGCAGUGCCUUUACGCCAGUGCCUACGAGCAGAAGAGAGCAGCCGUGGCAGCAACAGCAACAUCAGCAUCAUCAGCAGCAGGAGGAUCUAAGAGUUGUUGUCCAGGGACACCUAUGUCUCCUAUGCAGCAUUACUCCCCAAAAACAACAGUGGGAACUCGGCCGGAGUCAGGGUACAUGAAUACACCCUCAGCCAGCCAAUCCCACGCCUGCCACAGCCACAGCCACAGCCACAGCCACAGCCAGAGCCACAGUUACCCUAUGAACCCAAGUUCCAGGUUCCUUUCCAGCUCUGCUGAGGUGUGCCCACCAUUCGCUUCCCAAGGCCAGGCCCUGCAGCGUAUGCAUCCUGCCCAUGCCAACGGGGGUGGAGGCGGUGGUUACCAUCGGCAACACUCUGACCCGUGUUUGCCUUAUCCUCCUCAGCAGAACUUCAAACAGGAGUACAUUGACCCUCUGUAUGACCGGGCUGCCCACAUGGCUGGGCCACAACAUCAGAGGUUUCCUCCUGCCCAUAUGAUGGUCAAACAGGAACCCACUGACUACACUUACGAACCUGAUUUGCCGGGUUGCCCAUCCAUGUAUCAUCACAAUGAGGGCUACCCCAACCCACAGCACAACAGUGAAGGUUAUAUGUUUGAAAAUGAUUCCCGUGUCGUUCCUGAGAAAUUUGAAGGUGAGGUGAAGCAGGAAGGAGGCGGUGUGUUUCGUGAGGGAGCCCCCUAUCAGCGCCGUGGCUCACUGCAGCUCUGGCAGUUUUUGGUGGCCCUCCUCGAUGACCCUGGCAAUGCUCACUUCAUUGCAUGGACCGGCCGUGGCAUGGAGUUCAAACUCAUCGAGCCAGAGGAGGUGGCAAGACUCUGGGGGAUGCAGAAGAACCGUCCAGCCAUGAAUUACGACAAACUGAGCCGAUCUUUGCGCUACUAUUAUGAGAAGGGAAUUAUGCAAAAGGUAGCGGGUGAGCGUUAUGUUUACAAAUUUGUGUGUGAGCCGGAGGCUCUGAUAUCCUUGGCUUUUCCUGACAAUCAGCGGCCAAGUCUGAAGGCAGAAUUCGAACGCUACGUCAACGAGGAGGACACAGUGCCGCUGUCUCACCUCGAUGAGGGGGCGUCUUACCCCCCUGAACCAGCUGCCACCAACAUGGGCCCUCAGUCCUACUCCAAAGGCUACAUGUACUAACGCCACCAACAUUCUGCCAUGUUCCAUCCCAGUUUACAACCCGCUGCACCUAUUGCACAUGCCCACCCCAUCCACUUGUAUAUAAGGCUGUUUCUUUUUUUUAUUUUAUUAAAUUAAUCUCAUUAGGGACUCUGCAUUCCUAUCACUUUUGAGGCCUAUCUAAUCUAAACACAAAACUGUGGUUCAAGAGAUUGCUUAAUAAAGACCCAAUAUUAUUACUAUACCAUGAAAACAGUCUUUGUUUCUGAUGUUUUCAACAAAUACAGAAUGCAGGUGGUGUUUA